AUGUCUGCUGAAAAGGCUAAGAAGAAUUCAUUUGAUGAUUAUUUGGUGAAGGCUAAGAUUCAUCCCGAAGUAAAGGAAGCCCUCGCACAAAACAAGGCUGUUGUUGCAUUGGAAUCUACAAUUAUUAGUCAUGGAAUGCCUUAUCCAAAGAAUAUUGAAACUGCUAAACGUGUUGAAGAUCAAAUUAGAAAAUAUGGUGCUACACCUGCCACUAUUUGUAUUAUUGAUGGUAUUAUUCAUGUUGGAAUUAAUGAUCAAGAAUUGGAUAAAUUUGGAAAAUUAGGAUCUGAAAAGAAAGUUGUAAAGUGUUCGAGAAGAGAUGUUGCUUUGGUUUGUAGUCAACAAAAACAUGGUGCUACUACUGUUUCUGCAACAAUGCUUUUGGCUCAUCGUUUUGGAAUUCAUGUCUUUGUCACAGGUGGUAUUGGAGGUGUACAUAGAGUUUUAAAUAAUAAUGAAAUUGAUCCAAUGGAUGUUAGUAGUGAUUUGACAGAAUUAGGAAGAACACCAACAUUGGUAGUUUCUGCUGGUGUUAAAUCAAUUUUGGAUAUUCCAAGAACUCUUGAAUAUUUAGAAACUCAAGGUGUGACAGUAGCAUCUUAUCAAACUGAUGAAUUCCCUGCUUUCUUUACAUCAAAGAGUGGUUGUAAAGCUCAUUGUAGAUUGGAUUCACCUCUUGAAUGUGCCAAAUUAAUUAAUUCAAAUCUUCAACUUGGAUUAAAUUCUGGAAUGUUGGUUGCUGUUCCAAUUCCAGAAAAUUUGGAAGCUAAAUCUGGAAUCUUGACUAAGGCCAUUGAACAAGGUUUAACUGAAGCCAAACAAAAGAACGUUAAAGGAAAGGAUGUUACACCAUUCCUUUUACAACGUAUUAACGAAUUAACAGGAGGUGAUAGUUUGAGAGCUAAUAUUGAAUUAGUCUUGAAUAAUGCUCGUGUUGGUGCACAAAUUGCUGUUGAAUUGAGCAAGAUUCAAAGUUUAAAUGUAAGUUUCUUUAUUUAA